UACAGUCUUGUGGUGUAUUGAGUGGUAUAUUAAACCUAGUGGUACAUACAGUCUUGUGGUGUAUUGAGUGGUAUAUUAAACCUAGUGGUACAUACAGUCUUGUGGUGUAUUGAGUGGUAUAUUAAACCUAGUGGUACAUACAGUCUUGUGGUGUAUUGAGUGGUAUAUUAAACCUAGUGGUACAUACAGUCUUGUGGUGUAUUGAGUGGUAUAUUAAACCUAGUGGUACAUACAGUCUUGUGGUGUAUUGAGUGGUAUAUUAAACCUAGUGGUACAUACAGUCUUGUGGUGUAUUGAGUGGUAUAUUAAACCUAGUGGUACAUACAGUCUUGUGGUGUAUUGAGUGGUAUAUUAAACCUAGUGGUACAUACAGUCUUGUGGUGUAUUGAGUGGUAUAUUAAACCUAGUGGUACAUACAGUCUUGUGGUGUAUUGAGUGGUAUAUUAAACCUAGUGGUACAUACAGUCUUGUGGUGUAUUGAGUGGUAUAUUAAACCUAGUGGUACAUACAGUCUUGUGGUGUAUUGAGUGGUAUAUUAAACCUAGUGGUACAUACAGUCUUGUGGUGUAUUGAGUGGUAUAUUAAACCUAGUGGUACAUACAGUCUUGUGGUGUAUUGAGUGGUAUAUUAAACCUAGUGGUACAUACAGUCUUGUGGUGUAUUGAGUGGUAUAUUAAACCUAGUGGUACAUACAGUCUUGUGGUGUAUUGAGUGGUAUAUUAAACCUAGUGGUACAUACAGUCUUGUGGUGUAUUGAGUGGUAUAUUAAACCUAGUGGUACAUACAGUCUUGUGGUGUAUUGAGUGGUAUAUUAAACCUAGUGGUACAUACAGUCUUGUGGUGUAUUGAGUGGUAUAUUAAACCUAGUGGUACAUACAGUCUUGUGGUGUAUUGAGUGGUAUAUUAAACCUAGUGGUACAUACAGUCUUGUGGUGUAUUGAGUGGUAUAUUAAACCUAGUGGUACAUACAGUCUUGUGGUGUAUUGAGUGGUAUAUUAAACCUAGUGGUACAUACAGUCUUGUGGUGCAUAUGAGCCUAGUGAUAUAAGGAGUCAAGAAGAUAUACGAGUUCUGCUACAAUAGAUUACGUUAUAAUCCUUGCAAGUGAGAUAGCAUAACCUGCCCUAGGAAAAAAAACCUCAGUGAUAUUGGGGAAAAAAGGGAGGGAAUAAAGUUGCCAUCCCAGCAUUCUCCAAGUUGAAGGCUAACUACAUGGGCUACGCCCACCACGGCGGAGACUACCAUCACUACCAGCUGAUCAAGGCCGUCGGCGUGGACUCGAACCUGUUGCUGCAGGACGACACCAGCGCUUUGAGGCUGUCAGCCACUCUCAACAAAAUUGGUGGCGCGCAUUCGCUGGGCAAAGAACCGAUACGCUUGUCCAAGUUCGGGCACGACAGCGUGCCGGGCAACAACGGACUUCAGUACAUAUACCACCCGAUUGCCUACGGACCUUACCUUGCGGACAAGUAUGGUUACCCAACCGUCACCAAAUUACACGAGAUGGACCCACUGGAUACUAAAAAGAAUUUCUGGGGCAAACAGGGCAUACUUCGAGUCAUAACGUAUACAGACAACCAGAACUUGCCCAAAGGCCACGUAGCUCUGUGGGACUGCAAUCACUUCCAUCAAGCCCCUGACUGGAUCGCCAAACACAAUCUGGUCACUGUUGAGUUCUGGGAAUCUCCAGAUUCCUUCUGCAAUAACAUGCCGCCAAUGCCACAAUUGCCUGCAGAUUAUCCCAAACUAGAAGAUAUCCUGCCACCCAACAGAAGGGCGGGAAAACGAAGACAUCACCGCCACAUGCACUGGGAAGAGAUCUUUGUGGAGAACUUCAUCAAAAAACUGAUGACAAAAAGUAGCUGAACAUCAGCGUCUGCACAGCUGACACAGAAAGUUGCACACAACUUUGACCCCCUUCAUAGACACGCCAAAAAGUUAACACAAAGAAUGUUUAUGUUAAAAUGAAAGGACGUUAGAAACUUACAACAGACAACUGCUUACACUGAAUCUUCUAGAAAAUGUCAGAUCCAACUUUAACUGAUACUGACAUAGAAAGUAGAUCUAUUUGUCAACGCAGUAACACGACAGCAUCAGGUUUGAACUUGUAUGACAUUCCUGGCUGUGGAUCCAAGUUGUUUAUUCCCACUGCCAAAUUCUUUUUCUCCCUACAAUGUUGAUGUUUGUUAAUUAAUGGGAAGACAUUGCAUUUAUAUUUGUUCACUUGUCUCUCGAUGCUUGGACUCAAUUACUAUGUAGCAAUAAGCAGUUUGAACAGAUUCCAGUGCUACACAAGUGACUCUAUAAUGAUAACAUGAAAGCAUGGACCCUGACUUUCAAUGUGACUAAAGGAAUGGGUGUGUUCAGAGACCAGCUAGAGAGCCACCACAAUGUCGAUGGCUCACUUCAUAAGGAGUAUAUUUAAAUGGAACCAGAUGUGCCAUGUUCUAAUUAGGACUUGUACAGUAUUUUAUUCAUUAUGUUUCCUUGUGGCAUUUUAUUUCCUUCUUGUAUUAUAUAAUUAUUUGCUUGCUUGUAUGAUUGGAUGGUGAUAAUAAGAAAUAGUUGUCAGACUGACACUCUGUGUAUAUGUGUGUGUGCCUGAAUGUGAAUUGGGAAUGAAGCAUUGAAGUUAAAGCCAAGAGUUGAAGUCUGGAGUGCAAUACAUCGGAGAAUGCAUAAUAUGAUUCCAUAUGAACCACCAGCUGAGUUUAGCAACUUGUAUGUAUCAUCAGACUGAAAUAGUGACUGACUUAAGGACAACAAUAACUUGGACAGAAUAACAAAACUAGGAAUGUUCUAACCACAAGACAGAAACAAUAGCACAUUGGAAAAAAUUAUUUCUUUUUGGUAUUGAGCUUGUUAUAGUAAGAUAAAAAGUUGACCUUCUGACUGACCUUUCAUUGUUAUGCUUCAUCCUAUGUAUGAUACCUAUGUAUAUGUUUGUUCUAUUUAUCUUUCCUAACUUGUGUAUUUAUUUACUGUGUCCAUAGCCUCCCCCCCCCCCCUUAACAGGAUUAUAAUCCCAAAUUGCUUAGCUUUCUUCAACACUUCCAAAUGUUAAACAGAGUUGUUCUUUUCUUUGGAGACAUGUUCAUGCUAUCAAAUAUUCUUGACAGAAAAAAAACAACUUCCAGACAUCAUGUUUAAACCCAAAUCUUGUUUUUUUGUGAUUCAAAUAAACCCAGGAGUGCUUCCAUAUUCAACCUUUUUUUUACUAACAGCAUAAUAACCUUGUGUUUGACUGUAAAAUAUCGUCUGUGUUUUUAUACCUAAUUUUGAAUUAAUCCUACUCCCAAAGUGCCCCCCCCCCUUUUUUCUACCCAUCAGGCCAUCUAUUUUUCAUGUCUCUUUGUCUCUCUCCUAACCCGGUUCUACAAAGCACUUUGUUCACAUAGGUGAGACUUGUCCAUAAUUGUUUUAUUUAUUUCUGCCUGUUCUAUAUUUCUAUGGGCACACAACUCUGUGGCCUACUUUGAUUUCUUCUGCAAUAAAUAUUUAAUCAACUCUAUUAUUAUUGAAUGUUUAUACAAUCUCAUUAUGUUCACAUACUUAUAUACAACUGUUUGCUCCUGGCCUCAAGUGGGGAGAUAAAAAGGCGGUACAUCUCAAAACAACACAAUUAAACAUUUAGGGUAAAAAGAGUUAAAUGGGGGGGGGGGGGGUAUUUUCAUACAGUAGGACUGUAGGGUAGCAAUCCAUUCAUAAAACUUGUUGAGUUUACCAGGACAGUCUGAUAAAGCACAAGUAUGUCAGGAGAUGAAUAUUAAAGAAAUAGUUUCUGCUUGAAGGGCCCUAGGGUUGUGUGGGUGUUGGGGAGACGGAGCCCUGGUGGUUGGCACUGGAGGAGAGAUAGGCUACAGUGGUUGUCAUUGAUAAGAAGAUAGGAAGAGGAGCUUCCUGUAAGAAAGUCUAUUCAUUACAUGGGAGACACUACUCUGUACUACACUCUUACAAAAGAUACAAUUUAUUUUUUGAGACCAUUAAAAAAAAAAAGUCCAGACAUUCUUUUGCAUAAAGACUGUCAUAAUAUGAACAUUGAAUGCACUAGACAACUUAGAAACAUAUUUCACUGCUUGCAAAUCAUUUCUACACUGAGCCUGCAUCACAUCUACCAAUUGUUUGUACCUCAUUAACCACUGGAUAUCUUUGUGUUGUCAAUAGUUUUCACCCUUCCUUCUAAACUAGUCAUGUUUAUUUGCUUAUUUUAAUUAUGUUUUGUUUUUCCAAUGUUUAUGAAUUAACAAUUUUGAUUACUUUGUACUAUUCAUGAAUUUACAUUAAAAAAAUUUGACAUGAACAAUAAACCACUAAUGAAACAA